CUACUUCAGUCGGUUUCGGAGUGUGCGUUGGUACGGCGUUUGACGGGAUUGUUUUUUCGCUGUUUUUGGCUCGAUUCGACCGCUUUUUGAUUGGUUUUGUGUUCCGGCGUCGGUGGACGGAUUUGUGGAAGCGGUUCCCGUUGGGCGAUCCGCUGGACAGCUGGCGUUCGCCGCGUUCACCAACACACGCGCACACGGCCGAAGACACAACCAAAUCGACGAAGGGGUGGUGGAGCGAGAAGAAGAAACCGACCGACGACCAUCGCAGCACAGUCGUCGAUCGUCGUCCAUCUUUGAAUGCUCGGCUGGCCUUUUUGAACGAAAUCUCUCCUCGGUGGUGGUGUGUCCCGUAAUCGUGUCAUCCCGUCCCGAUUGGGUUACUUUCGGUUAGGCCGCGAUUCCCCCCGGACGGAAGUGGAUAGACUUCUUUUGGUGGAAGUGGACAGUUCCGGUCGCGAGUUCGGCGUCAAUUUCGGAGUGAAAGUUUUCGAGUUUUUUUUUCACUGUUCGGAAAAGGAAGAAGAGCGGAAGUGGUGGCAGGAACAGCUGUCCUGCGUCGGAUGAUCGUCGCUUCCGGAAGUGUACUUUGAAGAAUCUGGAAGGAGGAAGCAGCUGCGAAGCUAGCAAGCUGCCAAGAUGAGUUGCCCAAUGCCAGAGAUUGGCUCGUGCAUCUCACUGAUCUCGAAGGCCGACAUCCGCUAUGAGGGUUUGCUGUUUACGGUGGAUCCGGACCGGUGCACGAUUGCCCUGGCGCGAGUGAAAUCGUACGGCACGGAGGACCGCGAGACGCAGUUCCCGAUCGCGCCCCAGAACCAAUGCUACGACUACAUCCUGUUCCGCGGGUCCGACAUCAAGGACAUCCGCGUCAUCAACAACAACCCGGUGCCGAACGAUCCGGCCAUCAUGCAGAUGCAUCUGCCGCCGCAGCAGCAGCUGCCCCCGCCGCUGCAGAACAAGCUCGGCCAGGCCGGCUUCCAGCCGCAACCGGGCGGCUUCAUGAUGCCCCCGAUCGGAGGUCCCGGUGGUCCGCCGAUGGGUGGUCCCCCGCCCGGCCACACCCCGAUGGGCGCCCCGUACAGCUCGUUCGGCGGCAUCAACAAUCUCGGAGGUAUGCUAUCGUCCGCGAACGAAUUGGUUUCCAAGAGUCCGUUUCCCCCCUCGGGUGGUGGUGGUGGUCCCCAGGCGGUCAAUCAAAUGCAGCAGCAGCAGCAGCAGCAACAGGCCAACCAGCAAUCUCAGCAAUCGUCUGGUGGCAACAACGAGCUAGGGAACUUUUUAGUAGGCACCUCCUCCUCCGAUCAGCAGUCGUCUUCUGGGACGGCUGCUGGCACCACCACCGGUGGUGCCGGUCGGAUUGGAUCUUCCCCUGAGGUUAAUAACAUCGAUGGCGCCGUCGUCGCCGAGCACCGCGAUCAAGAUUUGAUCGGAGCUGGAGCUGGUGGCGGCAACGCCGGAGGAUCCCGGUCCACCACGCCGAGCAACUUGCUGUCGCGCAAGAGCCCCACCGUGGACAUGGCCGUCCAGACGAACCAGGGCCAGCAGCAGAACCGUGACGGAAACCGCAGCGGCGGAGACGGCGCCAACCUGGAGCAGCGAGGCGGCCACCAGCGCAACCGGAACAACAGCCAGCGGAGCCAGGGGCAGCAGCGCGAGCGGCGCGACUCGGGCAAGAACGACGGCGGCCAGAUGAAGGAGAACUUUAACAAGAACAACAUGCAGCAGCAGCGGCAGGGAAGCCAAGGAGGCGGCCAAGGUGGUCAGGGUGGCCAGAACCAGAACCGUGGCGGCUGGAACAACCAGAACCGUGGCCAGAACAACAACCAGAACAACAGCCAGAACAGCAAUAACAACAUGCGCGGACGUCCGCGUGGACCUCGCGGUCCGGCACAGGGCGCCAACCGCACCAAGAAUCUGCUCAAGUUCGAGAACGAUUACGACUUUGAGCAGGCCAACAACAAGUUCGAGGAGCUGCGGUCCCAGCUGUCCAAACUCAAGGUGGGCGAAGAAGUGAAGCCUGAGCAGCUGAUUAACAACGAAGUCAGCGUUGACACCAAGAAGGACGAUUCGGGCAAUGAGACCGGUGCCGGAGAUCACGAGCCCGAGGAGGACGACGUGCAGUGCUACGACAAGACCAAGUCGUUCUUCGACAACAUCUCGUGCGAGGCGAUGGAGCGGGCCAAGGGCAAGCAGCAGCGUACGGAUUGGCGGCAGGAGCGCAAGCUCAACACCGAGACGUUCGGCGUUGGGUCGACCAGGCGCGGAGGAUACAACAGACGCGGCGGUUACUACAACCGCGGCCCCAACAACUACCGCGGCAACAACCACCAGUACCGCGGCGGCAACAACUACCGGGGACGUAGCCACCACAACAACGGCGGCGGCCAGAACCGCCAACAGAACCACCACCAAGGGCAAGGGCAAGGGCAGCAGCAGCACCAACAACAACAACAGCAGAACGGUCUUCCUCACAACGGCAAUCGCAACAUCACCAACAUCAACACCAACCAGCAGCAGCAGCAGCAGUCCCAGCAGCGGGAACAACAGGCGUUGGCCGCGGCCACCUCCCAGCAGCAGCAGCAGCAGCAACCGGCUGCCAUCGAAGUUGGAGCGGGUAAAUAAUGCCACUCGACAACUAAGGAUGUACUUUUACUUUUAAAAAGCUGACCAGAGUUCCGUUAAGAAGUAAUCACCAAAAAGAGAAAAUGAAAUGAGGAGUAGCAGCAGAGAAGAGAGGACACCAACUGUAAACACUACGCUGAAAGCCGUUGUUCCCCAUCCUGGAAUCGAAUCGGAUGCCGAGAGAGGACGCAAAAGCAAACAAAGAAAGGUCGCGACUCGUUUUCGAACGAGUGUCGAGUGUCGGACGAGGAAGAGCCCGCACCACCACCAACGCAACGACCCACAGAGAGGCAGCCCCUAAACGAGGACAACGCCGCGAAACGGCGUGUGUCCCCACCUGCGUUGAUGUCGGUUGGCGGCGGCGGUGGCGGAAGAAGCAAGCAACCGGAGAAUGGAACCGUCCUUUUUCCCUUCGAUUCCCGGUUUUCCCACGAUUUCGAUUGCUGGCAGUCGGAAUGGAUGCGACGAAGAAGAAGCGGACGGGGACAUGGCUUUCACAACACACACACAGGACGGCAGGGAUGGGCGCGAAGCGCCCGAAAGGUGAACGAAGAGGGAUUUUUUUUUAUUGCAAAAAAAAAGUUUGGAGAAGGAUUUGGGUUGAAACUGCGCACACUUUUUUGUUUUUGAAGUCGGUGAAAGUGUGCGCGCGGUUUGUUUGAAGGAGAAAGAAGGAACUUUAUGAAUAAGGAGAGCUGCAAAUUAGCGGAAGCAAAACUACAAACAAUAUAUUAUACACACACUUACACGAGAGGGAGAGAGAGAGCGCGAGCGAGAGAGAAUUAGUGAGCAGCAUCAAAGUGUGAAGCGCGAAACGGUACAAGCGUGGAGAAAGAGCUGGAAUUUAGGAAUUUAAUACCGUCGUAAGUUUACUCACAGAGAGAAGUAGUAGAACGCCAACAAAUGAGAUGGGAGAUGAAGUAGUAGAACAGCGCGCAAGUGUGUGUGUCGCGAGGGGGAAAGAGAGCGCGCGCGCGCCUCAUUGAACUAGUUAAUUCAAUUGAGAGUACUUACUUGAGUAGCCGAUUACAGAGAGAGAUCGUUCACUUUUUUUCGAUUUUAGUUUCAUCCCUCGUUUGUUUAUUUUUUUAACUCAACCAAAUUGCAUGAUUUCCUCGAAAGCGCGAGGAAGCUUGGUGAGGUUAAAUUUUUCCCCCCGUUUCGGCUUUCCCUCCGACUGACGAAGAUUGAAUUUUUGAGAGCGCGCGCGCUAGCGCCGAUUUUCUCCACCCAAGUUUAGUUAAUAGUUAUUGUUUUUUUUCGAGUGGAAUCGGCGACCUCCCCCUCCGCGGCGCACACAGCUAAGAGUUUAGAAAACCGUGAAUGUUAUUUCAACAGGUAGAACCGUAAUCUCGCGUAGCAUUUCGUUGGCGCAGGAGAAGAAUAUGAACAAGAUACAUGUAAUAAUUAUGAUUAUGAUAAAUAAUAUUGAAUAAUUAUAAAUAUUAUAUUUAAAAAAACCGGAAAGCAGAAAGAAGAGGGCUUCACACUUGGAAAGGGAGGGGAACACACUAGCUAAAACCGCGAAAGACACACCCAACUAAACUAGAGUUUAAAACAAACCGGAAACAAUAAUUCUCGUUCUCGCGCGGCGGCGGAGCUGUUUGUGACCUGGACCACGCACGCACGCAGAACUCACCCCGCAACAAAUCAGCCAACACUCGCAAGCGGUGUUGAAGCUCGGAAGUAGUAAAUUUAACGCUGGCUAAAACUUCCGGAUCGCCAAUUGGGCUCCUAACGGCCUACGCGCGAUGCCCGGGAUGAUUCAAUGAAAUAAUGGGAACGAUUACAAGCUAAGGAUCCAGUUUAUGGAAGAAGAUGGACGCAACAAUGCGGUGAGCUGUGAAGGUGUGUGUGGUGGUCACGAAGGGACGCGAGAAAAGUUUAAAUAAAAUAUAUAUAUGUAAGAAAUUUAUAUAACAAAAAAGCGUUUACGUUUCUUUUCUUUCGGAAACGAGAGAGAGAAGACAAGUGGGGAAAACAAAAUUCGUAACACAAGUUUUAAACAUUCAAUCCCCCCCCCACGCGUAUAAUCCAGACCGAGCACGAUCCCACGUGUAAAAACUGAUAUUAAAGUUAAGGUUCACACGGCGAUAUUCGAGGGGAGCACGUAAAACACAAAGCCAAAUUCGGUCCAAUAGCAGCAGCAGUGACAGAGGGAAAGAGAGAAGCAGGUUUAACAGAGUUGUAGCGGUAAUUUUUAGCAUGAAACAGAAGAAAAAAAAUCCGGCUAAAGCAAGCUGAAUCUAUGUACUAACGAAGCUACCUAAAAACAUAUUGAAAAGGUGAAAAAUACGAGUAAUUACUGCGUAAAAUAGUGCGCAGAACAUUUUAUUCCGGUUGCGAUUCACUGAAGAAAGUUGAACGCAACGUUUUUUGAGAUCUAGUACUUCACUUUUUCUGUCCAAAAUUUUCUCACUUACUUAAACAUUUAAUAAAUAUCCAUUCUAGUACUUCAAUUGAACAUCAGAUGAUGAUUUGGUCGGUCAAAAGGUGUGACCAAUACAACAUGAAAAGAAGUACUAGAAUGUUAAAAAUGUUCAUUCAAUCGUUUACUUAAAAUUUUCUGUAACAACUUUUCUCAUUUAUCUUAACGCUCUGUCGCUCAAUUUUUGUUUAAAUCGAAAAUCUUUGUUUUUUUUCCGUGUUUUUGGGGUCAUUUAGAGCAUAUCUCGGAUUAGUUUUCAAAAAGACGUAAAAGCAAUUAGUAAACAUAGCCCUUUUUGCACCGGUAAUCGAAUUACUUACGAAAAAUCAUUUCCAAAAAUGCUUGAGAUUGUUCGUCUACACGUUCUUCAAGUGCUUUAAACUUCAAAAAAGUGAAAUAUUGUUCAAAUUUGGAGAAAAACGAAAAUUAGUGUCGGAGGUGGCUUUUACGGCUUUUUGAAAACUCACCCGAGAUAUUCUGUUCUACAAAAAACUUAACCUUUUUUUCUUCAUUCAUUUUAACAUUUUUGUAUGCGUUUAUCUUGUUAUUUUUUUUUUUUAAUUUGUAUUUGUCGCAAUUAAGUUUUUUUACAUAAAAAGAAGGAUGGCGAGUUAGUUUUCAAAAGACCCUAAACAAGCCACAAGUUGUAAACAAAGCCGUUUUUCUAUCAUUUCUCGAUCACUUAACAAAUUAUCAUAUCUAAAAAACGUUGCAUUUUUAAUCUGCACGUCUGAAAAAUAAUGAAAAUUUGAUUUUUUAAGAGAGAAAAUCAAACAAGUGUCGGAGUUGGCGACGGCUGUCAAGGAGGUAAUAGACUGUGACAAACAAACAAACUCGCACUUUUUCGUAUUUGACGGUUUGACAAACUCGCAAACAAAGCAAAAUGUAUGCAGGUUGACCUUUCUCCAAACAAAUGCAGUCAAACUGUCAAAAAAGUGAGAGUUUUUUGUUUGUUUGUCGGAGUCUAAUAUCUCCUUUACGACGUAUUGCAAACUAACCAGAGACCUGCUGAAAAAACGACCAAAGUUUGCCCCAGAAACUAGUUUUUUGAUGAUUCAAAAUUGGUUAAAAAUUGGCUUUGCCGAAUUUUCGGAUCGAAGCCCUUUACAAAACAUUCAUGUAAAUGCAUUCUAGUACUUCAAUUAACCAUCCCCAAUCACAAAAUAUUCUAGGCGAGCUGGUUCUGCCAAAAUCCCGUCUAGAACGGUUGAACAUUUCAGCUAGAAUGCUGUAAGAUUAUCCAGCUCUGGCGUGCAUGGUUAAAAUGUGAAAAGAAGUACUAGAAUAUGAAAUUAAAUUGAUUUUUUUCCCUUGGUUGGUUUAAACAAGCCAACAUUUUAACAUUCUAGUACUUCACAUGACAUAUUAGGCAAAAAUCUGGCCAGGUACCGAAAAAAAAACUGGAAAAACUAAUGUAUUCAAAUGCUUCUGAUGGUUUAUUUGAUUUUCGGCCAUAAAAUGGUUAAAUUUACAUUUUCAUAGAAACAAAAAUAUACUAUUUUUUUAAACUUCUAUUUAACUCGUUCAUUUGAUUCAAAAAGGUGUUCUUAAUUGACAGAAAAUGUAAAAUCUGUCGAACUCAAUGUGGGUAAUUCUUUAUUCUGGCAUACACAUAAAAAAAUUGUAUUCCCAGAUUUAUAUGGCAACCUGACACCCUGGUUGAAAGUGUGAUGAAGGAAAAGUGAAGUCUACAACCAAAUUAACUCUUGGAAUAAAAUCCAAACUUUUUUUCUUUCCAAUUAUGCAAUUGCUCUAGUUUUAUACUUAUAAUGUUACCCUUUUCAAAACUGUAAACAUCUUAAUUUAUUAAUAAUUUUUCUACUUGGAUUUUCCAGUCCAUCCGUAAAUUUGUUUUUUUUUACCUAUGAAGUACUAGAUCGAAACAAAUACUUAUCUAAUGUCCUUUUUAAGAGACAUUUCUUCUGCACUUUAAAGUUCCUUAGCAUAAUCUAUUUCAUUUCAAUUAAAUUUCCUCAUUUUUUUUAAUUUUUAUAACUCAAUGAAGGCGCGAAAUCAGCAACAAAAUCCUACUUACUGCAGUACCAGAUCGCGCACAGCUCAAUCAUGUAAGGGGGAAAACAUUUCAUCAAACACUCGCACCUGCGCUGAAGGAACUAAACCUAUUUUAUCUUAAAGGGAAAAGAGUAGAAGGAGAAAGGAGGAUCAUGCCGAUUAACUAACCUACCUGGUUUUAAGAAUCCGUGGCAUAGAAAAGAAUAAAAAGACUAGAACGAAGUGGGAGAGAGAGAGAGAGGAGCGAACGGAGGUAGAACACAUUCGGGUGAAUAAAUUAUUUUUGUUACUCAAACUAACAAACAGGAAGAAAGAAGCAACAUUUCAACAAACGAGCAAAAAAUAGCAACUGGGAAAACAACACUUGUAAUCGAAAGGGGGCAAACAAAAACACGCUUUUGCUGAAUUAAUUUUUCGAAAUUGUUGAUUUUUCAAAAAGUAAACAUGAAGUAAUCCAAUUUAAAAUCAGCGAAAAGUUGGGAGCAGCAACGGAGCGUGGUUUUGCCGUGCCGAGCAGUGUUUGUCAAACAUUAUAAAACCAUACAAA